AUGUAUAGCUUUUUGACCAACUAACUCAUCUUUGAUCUCUAACUCACCUAAUAACACAACUAUUGGAAUAUGUAUUAGAAUAUGCAGCAAAUUUAUUAUCCUAAUGUUUAUGGCUAUCCUUAUGUUAAUCAACCUUAAAUUUACCAUUAACUAUAAGAGUAAAUUGCUGUCUAACCGGAACAAGGUAUCAAAAGCUACAAUAAUUUUAGCGUAAUUGAAAGAAGACUCGAUUACAUGCUAGGGUACAAGAAGAUCACUUUUAGAGAUGAAAGAUGUUGUGCCUGUUGUAUCAAGUGAAACACUGGAGAAAUACAUACUAUUGAUUGUCAAUGAAGAUGAAGCUGUGAAUCAAAUAAUUUCUUCGUUAAAAAACAGUGGCUAAUUUUCUUUGUCGAAUGUCCUUGAGAUUCUUACUCAGAAGCAGAAGCAAUAACAUAAAAGUAGGGAAGAACUUAUAAAGUUUUGUCUGAGAAAGGCCUUUAAGUUCAUCUUCAGAAAGGUACAGGAGGAAAAUGGCAAAUCAAGUAAUUUAUUAAACUUAAUUAGUUAGAGACAAAUUUGAAAUAAGCUUAGAAAAUAUUCAUCGAAGCAAUCGAGUAAGAAACUAAGAAGUCCAUAAUUUUGCCAUUCAGGAAAAACAGCAAGAAUAAAACUAUGAAUACAGAUUUCUUAAAAGAAAUAUUUUCUUCCCCAACAUUUGUUCGAUAUUACGAGCAAUAUUUAGGUAUGAAUUAGAUAUAACUUUAUAGGUUGCUUAGAUGAACAUAUUCAAAAAGACUCAAAAAAAAAAAUUGCUGCUUUAUGCAAUAAAAUCUAGAAUAAAAUUUCAGAUGAUAAAAUUGUAUAAUAUAUUUUUGAAUCUAGUUUUCUUUCGACAUUAAAAGGCUGCCUUGGUCUCUUUCCAAUAUCGAAAAAGUUAAAAUAACUGCCAAAGAAAUGUUAUUAUAUUCUAAAAAUCAGUAUAAUUGA